AUGAUGGACACCGGCAACGGGCCUGGGACUUCUGGUGCAUAUCACCCCGCUACCCUGUCUAUCCUCACCCUUAACUGUAGAGGUUUGAAUAUACCAGAACAACGGACCCAUUUACUGCGGGAACUGAAGAAGAAUCGAAUAUCGGUCGCAUUGUUACAAGAAACACACUUUCGAAAAGAUGCUGCUCCCAAACUGCAUAACAAAUCCUACCCAACAAAUUACUUCUGCGAUCACCCGACGGCAUGGAAGGCUGGAGUGGCCAUUCUGAUUGCAGCGGACUUAGAGUUCCAAAAGUUGGACAGUCUACUUGACCAGCAAGGCCGCUUUCUUUUUCUGAAAGGAACGAUCGCAGGCAUGCUAUACACGUUUGCCACUGCCUAUGUACCUAAUAAAAGACAAGCUCAGUUUCUUAGGGAACGUUAA